AUGUACUACCUGGGCGGCUACAUCUACCCCAAGGCUGAAAACCAAUUCUACCCCAUCCUCCAGGCCAAGGGUUUCACGGUCGAUGAACAGAAACAAAUAUCGGAGGAGUGGUACUGGGUUGCUUUCGAACGAGAGACCGCUGUCAAGGACUACCUUCGAGGCUAUGUGACCUUCAGAGACGGAUGUUGGUGGAGGCCACCUCCUCGACCGUCGUCUGCACGAUCUGGACGGUCGACACCUUCGUCGGCAUCGGGUCCAUCGACUUGA